AUGCAAGUCCAUCCUUCAGCCCCCAACCAUUACUACACCACCUCCACAACCCAACAACACCCCUACAACCCAAACAUGUUCGCCUCCACAACCUCCUCACAAUACACCCUCCUCGACCACCAACAGCAGCAGCAACAACAACAGCAGCAGCCUAACGAGGACAUGUUCUUGCAGCUCGAGCGUCUCCUCAUGGGUAUCUCCCCAUUCCCUCCAACCAUGCCCACCCUCGCAAAACCCACCUGUCCUUCCCUCGACGACCAGCUCAUGGCUGAGAUGUCCUCCCCUUCUUCGACCAUUCCCUCCAUCGUCCUCAACGAGCAGUCCCUUGACAUGCUUCAGCAAUUCUACCAGAACCAGGAUAACCAGCACAACAACCAGCAAUAUAGCCAGUCGCAUGAGCAAUCUGAUUGCUCUUCGACCUCGCGCUCGGGAUCUCCCCCCGCAUCGCCCUACAGCUAUGCCUCGUCCAUGGUUUCGUCCCCCGCAAUGCCUAUUUUGGACUACAACAACCCCUAUGCCUCCAUGGUCGCACAGCAGCAUCACCACCACCAGCAACAGCAAUUUGAGCAGCAGAUGAGCAUGCCCUUGAACUUGCCCUCCAUUGAAGCCUACAUGGCCCCUUCUGCCGCCCUCCUCUCGCACUCGCACUCGCGCCACUGCCAGCACGCUCAGUCUCUGUCCUCGGUCAUGCCUACAACCACCACCUACAAGAAGUCCAAGACCCAUCACCGCCGCUCCUCGUCCUCGGCCUCCUCCGCCAUCUCUGCCUACGAGUCAGCAGCGCGUGGCUACCGCGCCUCCUCCAUCUCCUCCAUCUGCUCUGCAACCUCCACAAACUCCACCAUCGAUGGUUCUGCUCCUACCGCCACCACCACAAAGGCCGUCCGCCCAGUCAAGUCCUACGCCUGUCCGACCUGCACAAAGCCCUUCCCCACCCGGACGCAGCUCAAGUCGCACAUGGCGAUCCACACCGACCUCUUCCCCUUCCCUUGCCAAUACGCCGGCUGCGAGCUCCACUUCAAGCGCAAGCACGAUCUUCGUCGCCACGUCGACGCCAAGCACGCCCUCGUCAAGAAGUACCUCUGCACUGGCGGUUGCGGCGAAGGCUUCGGUCGUCGCGAUCAGAUGGUUCGCCACUUGCGUCGUGGCACCUGCGGCAAAGGCUUUCAGACCGAGUAA